UUAGUAAAACUGCUAAAUACCAUUUAUCAUCAGCAGUUACAGCAGUCUUGUGACUUCUAUCAGUGUCCAACAGAGAACAUGUUAAAGCUUGUAGGUGGAGUAUUAAUUUUGCCCUAGGAGGAUGCAGAAUCCCUGACCUCUGUCUGGACAGUGCUGAUUGGCCCUGUGCUGAUCACAUGCACUCUCCCAACAAUACACACCAAACUGAGCAUGUGCAGAGUGAUUCCACACGAUAUGUCUUAUCAGGAGAUAAGAGGGGGACACUGGAAGAAGAGGAGGAUCAGAAAAAUCGGCAUCAAACA